AUGUCUGGAACCAAGGAAUACGCCCUCCUCUGCCUAGAGAAUCCCCUGCUUGAUAUCCAAGCUGUGGGUGACGAUGCACUCUUGGCAAAAUACGGCCUCAAGCCCAACGAUGCAAUCCUCAGCGAGGAAAAGCACCUCCCUAUCUACGAAGACCUCCUGAACAACUACAACGCAAAGUUGAUUGCUGGCGGAGGAGCACAGAACACCGCCCGCGGCGCGCAAUAUAUGCUCCCACCAAACUCCGUUGUCUAUCUCGGCGGUGUUGGUGACGACAAGUACGCCGCUAUCUUACACGAUGCCGUGAAGCAAGCCGGCCUUCGUGUCGAGUACCGUGUGGACCCAAAGCACCCCACUGGCCGCUGCGGUGUGGUCAUCACAGGCCACAAUCGCUCUAUGGCCACCGAUUUGGGUGCUGCUAACCACUACGAUCUGGACCACUUGAAGAAGCCCGAGGUGUGGAAGCUCGUUGAGAACGCUACACAUUACUUCGUCGGCGGUUACCAUCUCACGGUCUGCCCACCAGCCAUCAUGGCUCUGGCUGAAGAAGCUGCGAAGAACAACAAAGUAUUCGUUCUCUCCCUCUCCGCACCAUUCAUUGCCCAGUUCUUCAAGGACCAACUGGAUGCCACAGCCCCUUACUGGGAUUACGUUGUCGGGAACGAGACCGAGGCGCUCGCGUAUGCUGAGAGCCAUGGUUUGGAGACCAAGGAUAUCAAGGAGAUUGCUAAGCAUUUGGCCGCGCUGCCAAAGGCCAAUACUAAGAGGGAGAGAGUUGCUGUUAUCACUCAAGGCACCCUACCUACAAUUGUUGCUGUUAAUGGUGGUGAUGUCAAUGAGUAUCCAAUUCAUGCGAUUGACAAGAAUGAGAUCAACGAUACCACAGGCGCUGGUGAUGCGUUUGCCGCUGGUUUCGUUGCCGGCCUUGUUGCCGGCGAGCCUCUGGCACGAUGCGUUGACCAGGGACAAUGGCUGGCAAAGCUUAGCAUUAAGGAGUUGGGCCCCUCGUAA